CAACUCUGCAUGUUGUCAGUUCCAUUUCCUGUCUACGCCGCGUGUGCUGAACUCUUUCCUAUCGUACUUUUGCCAGACUAAGUUGGUGACUGAAGUGUACGAUGCAGAUCUUCGUCAAAACCCUCACGGGUAAGACCAUCACUCUUGAGGUCGAACCGUCGGAUACCAUCGAAAAUGUCAAAGCCAAGAUUCAGGACAAAGAAGGAAUUCCACCAGAUCAGCAACGUUUGAUCUUUGCCGGCAAGCAGCUGGAAGAUGGACGCACUCUUUCCGAUUACAACAUUCAGAAAGAAUCCACGUUGCACUUGGUGCUCCGUCUUCGUGGUGGUGCCAAGAAGCGCAAGAAGAAGAAUUACUCCACACCCAAGAAGAUCAAGCACAAGAGGAAGAAGGUCAAGCUAGCUGUCUUGAAAUACUACAAGGUUGACGAGAAUGGAAAGAUCCAUCGUCUGAGACGUGAGUGUCCCGGAGAGAACUGUGGUGCUGGAGUCUUUAUGGCUGCUCACGAGGAUCGUCACUACUGCGGCAAAUGCAACUUGACUUUUGUGUUCAGCAAACCAGAAGAAAAGUAAAGUAGACUGGGAUGAUGAUGGCGUAUUAAGUGAGGCAUCAGUUCAAAAAACAGUGUAAUUGAAUUAAUAAAAUGAAUUGAUUUGCCUGAAA